UUCGCAUCGCGCGAGUAUGGUAUAAGAGAACCUGGGAUGUGGAGGCGUCGCCAGUCACACUGACUUUCUGUGAGCAACACGCGUGCAUUUUUUAAAGGGACUCCUUCAUUAGGUCGCCCAAGAUGAGAGGGACCUCGCUGAUGCUGCUGGGUGCAGUGGCGUUGGCCGCAUGCAUCAGUGGUCAUCCCUACUCGAAGAUCGCCGAUGGUACCCUCUUGGCCGACGGAUAUCACUAUAAGAAGUCCUCCUCGAGUUCGAAUUCCAACAGCUACAGUCAGUCGAACGAGGAUAACGUGGAAGUCUCAGGGGUGCUGGGUGGCCAGACCUACAGCGGGGUCAAGAAUUCUGGUUACAGCACCAGUGGAGGAAGUCAUAGCCAGAGCAGCAGCUACUCUUCGGGUACCUUGAACGGUGCCGUGCCAAUAGGGUUGCUGGGAAGUUCCAGUCAAUCCUAUUCAGGAGCGUCCAGCCAGCCAUCUCCAUCGGAAGUUGGAUACGGCUCAUUGGGUCACCCUGGAACCGGAGACCUGAGUCUGGGUGGAGAGGUUGGCUCCUCUUCAGGGUCCUUCAGCUCCUCAUCCUUCCAACCUGCUGAAACGUACGGAAUUAAAGGAGGAGUAGCUACCUCCUUCGGAAGUUCCUCAUCCGGGGCGUCCAACGGAUUUGCUCAAGGCUCUGCAUCCAGCUCGGCAAGCUCCAAUGCUCAGGUCGGAUCCAACGGAAAUCUGUACGGACUGGAUGCUUCGAAUGGGUUGUCCAACUCCAUCGGCCAGACUCAGUCAGGACAAUACCAGGGAGUGGGACAGGAGUCGUCAAAUGUCCUUGACCAGUCCCAUAUAUCUGGACAUUAUGGAACUUCUGGCUCCAGCCAGGUUUCUUUGGGAACUGUUGGUCAAUCUGGGUCCUCUGGAUAUGAGAAUGCUGGAUCCAGUCAGGCUUCUCUCGGAACUGUCGGUCAAUCUGGGUCCACUGGGUACGGGAAUGCUGGUCCCAGCCAAGGCUCCCUGCAGUACUGGUGGAAUGGACCCGAGAGUCCUUUUGGACCUAAUGGCAGGCCCUCUGGAGGAUGCUCCAGCAACGGAUGUUCUGCCAGUGGGACCUUUGACCUCGGCAAAGGAAGUGGAGCCGCUCAGGGAUCUUCUCAAGGAAGCCACGUCGCGAUCAACAUCCAAGGCAAUCCCUUCCUGAGCCAAGGAUCCUCUGGGGGCAAGUUCUCAGGGUCCAGCUCCUUUGGGACCACCGCCUCUUCGGGAAGCACCCAUGGAGUCCAGUCUGGCCAUGUCAACCUGUCUCAGAACCCCUUCUUCGGGGUCGGUCUUGCUCCCAGACCCUUCCAGCCGGCUCCAACUGCUGCUGGACCCUCCACUGCGUCCGCAGGGGCAUCUUCAUCUGCAUCUGCAUCCUCCUUCGCGAGUUCAUCCUCCAACGCCCAGGUUCCCCAUGUGAUCGGCCUUGAAAAUCCGUUCCUUCAGCCUGGUGCCGGUUCCGGGACCACCCAGCUUCCUCACGUUCCUCAGACCCCGACUUAUCCUGGAACCACAGGCACCGCUGGCAUUGACGUGGCUCCUGGCAAUCCUUUCUUGAGACCUGGAUCAGGAUCUUCCGUUGUGGUUCCCGUUAUCCCCUUGAUUACUCCCACCUCGCCUGGGUAUGAUGGGGCCCACUCUCAGCAACCUGCACAGAUCCCCAUAGAUCAGAGCCAGAUCACGCAGACGCCAGACUUCUUCGGCACCAAUUUGGUACCUGAUCAUUCCCAACAAGGACGUCCCGAUGCAGAAGGUGGACUCACUGUCAGCUGCAGCGGGGCUGGCAGGAUUUGCGUCAACAAGAAUCUUUGUCAUAAUGGCUUUGUCAACACCAACGGAGCUGGCAUCAUGCAAGUCAGAUCUGGGAUUCAGCAGUGCGACAUCAACCGUCAGGUUUGCUGCACCAUUCAAGGCUAUUCAGGGGUUCCAACCCAAGUUGGGAUCGUCCACGGGGUCGAUUUCUCUUCGACUUCUUCUGCGGAAUCGUCUUCGUACGCAGGACACGAAGAGGGCAGUCAUCAAAGCACCCAUCACGGGCAGGAGCAGUCUCAGGAGGGACAGUUUGACAUAUCGAGCCAUGGCGUCCAAUAUACGACUCAGGGUCCAACUGGUCAGUCCACGAUCAAAACCAGUUUCGGAAAUGGAGCGAUCUCCGGAAGCCAGAGUGGAGAUGGCUUAAUCCACGUGGUGGGUACCAAAAAUCCCACCGCCACCACGAUCGGAAAUGGCCUGAUCCAUGUGACCACUUCCGGGACCAGUGACCUCUUCGGCCAUAAGUCUGGAAGCACCUACGAGCAAGGUGUCCAUAAGCAAACCGCAACGAGCGUGUUCGACCAACACGUGCAGACUGCAGAUAAGUUUGGAGGAGAUCUGAACACUGGAGAGCCUGGUUACGUGUACCCUAAUGCAGGAGCUGAGAAUAUGCCAUACUUGCCACCCCUGGGUAGCGAUUCGUCCAGCAACGUUCCUUCCUUUUCUCAACCACCCCGGGAAAACGACGGUGGUGCCAGCGAUGCGGAUUCGAAAGUGCUACCUCCAGCGGCCUUCCCACCGGCUCCAGAAGUCCCGCCACAGGUCGGAUGUGCUGCCGCCUUGAUUUGCGUCGAGGAGAAAUUCUGCACCAUGGGGGGAGUUAUCAGCACGGAGCCGAUUACGCUCACCAGCGAGCAGAUCCUGAGACGAGUCCCUUUGAGCACAUGCAAGAAUCCGGAUAACGGAAUCAUUGGAAAGUGCUGCCGUGAUCCCAAUUACGUCGACCCGUGGCCCACGGGCAAUCUUCCGGCCAACUACUCGGGCGGGUUCGACGAGCAAGGCUUCCCAACUUUCCUCAACAUCGCCAAGACCCGGCCACCGAAGAAGCCCUCUACUAAGACGCCGCAGCAAACGAAGCCCCUGCAGCCGACCAAGACGUUUUCCAGGCCGCAUUUCAACCUGCCCCAGUUACCCCAACUGCCAGUUAAUCCUUUCCUCAGACCAAGCCACAAGCCUCAGGUCACGACCCCUGCACCUGAAUUCUCAUCGCCAGCUCCCAUUCCGGACACUCCUCCACCAACUUUUCUUCAGAUCCCGACCAGACCACCCGUAGCUCCCUUCCCUAGUUUGCCGGAUUCGUCAUCGGGACGCAAAUCCCCGGUCAAGACCAGCUAUCAUCCGGACUCCAGCAACCAGAGCCCUGUCUUUAUCACACCCCAUACCCCUGGGUCUCAGUGUGGACUGAAGAACAAAGUACAACGCCCAAGUGACUUAAGCGACGUCGACGUUGCUUUUGGUGAGAUCCCAUGGCAAGCAAUGGUGCUGUCGAACCGGGAUCGAAAAUUAUUAUGUUCUGGAGCUAUUGUGGCCCCAAAUGUCGUAGUGACUGCUGCUCACUGUGUGGAAGGGUUCGGAGCCAAUGAAGUGUCCAUCAAAUCUGGAGAGUGGAAGCUGGGCUACGAGCUGAAAUAUGAGGAGCCUCUUCCUUUCGAGAUUGUAAACGUGGCCUCUAUUGUGCCACAUCCUGGAUAUUAUUCCGGUGGUCCUAGCUACGAUUUGGCGAUGCUUUUCCUGGAACAUCCCCUGAAGUUGGACCAGCACGUCGACACUUUGUGCAUCGGAGAGCAACCCCAACCUCAGCCAGGAAAGAAGUGCAUAGCUACUGGAUGGGGGAAGACCGUCCUGCAAGUCAAUGUCGCUGGAGCUUUGAUGCAUGGCAUCGAUGUGGAUCUGUUGCCGUCUGACGAGUGCAGUCAACGCGUCCAAAAUGCCGAAUCUCACAUAGACUUUGACGAAACCCUGGUUUGUGCAAAACCCCAUCUGCAAAGCAACAACAUGUGCCAGGUUGACGUCGGUGGACCUUUGGCAUGCGACCGUGGGGAUGGAAACUAUGAACUUACCGGAGUCUACAGCCAAGACACGGGAUGUUUGCCUACCAAUCAGGUCGCCACGUUUGCCCUGAUCGACACCGACUGGAUCAAGAAGAUGAUGAGUUCUCCACCCUCGAAUGAAGUCACUCCACACUCUCAUGAGCCAUAUUUGCCGCCCAGGGUGGAACAACAUGUCGAAAGUCAUAGCCAUGUCCAACAACCCUGUGACUGCCAGAAGAGCGAAUUACCUUCCGAAACUAAUCAGUACUUACCUCCCGUGUAGAUGGGAACGACUGAAAGGAACCUUCGUGCAAAGGGUACUACUGAUACACAUACUCCCUCGAUGUGUGGAGCCCAACCUGUAACAGUCGCUGUACAUCGAUACAAAUGAUUAAUUAUUAAUUAUUAAUCGGCCCUGACAUUUUCUUGCCUUGCAGUAAACGAUUGCUCCCAGCAAGGCCAGAAAAGUGUGUGACCAGGCUGCGCGUCUAGACUAAGUCUAAGCUAGGGAUUGUUACAUUGAUGUACACUUUCAAAAAGCUACAAUGUCUGAUUUCUUAUUAAUUUAUGUAUCCUAAGUGUUACGUUUAGGAGUACGGUAACGAAUUAGGGAUAGUGCAUCCACUGGUAUGCAUAUUGUCGAGCUUUCGAUACUAGGUCGGUGUCUCGAGGAUGUCAAGAUGCACUCGGCUCGUCCAUUCCAUCGGAAUUGUAUUUAUGCAGUCGUUAAGCUGGAAUUAGAACGUAAUAGCGUUAUCGAUACGAGAUCGUGCAUGUAUAUUGGUUAUUGCUUAAAUAUAAUCUGUAUUACUGUGAUAGAAAAA